AGUGCAGGUGGUUGUGUGAGUCUGUCUGCAAACUAUCCGUAGGCGGAGGUUUUGGUCCAUAAGCUCCGAUUCACGUCCCCGCCUCAAACUGCCUGCCCACUGCUGCCUGCCACUACAUAAGACCUUCUCACCGCUGAAUACCCUCUCUCCUCCACACAUCUCCUGCCACCACACACAGCGCUCCAACUCCGCGACAACCCAUAUCGCAUCCUCAAUACACUUAGACUUCGAACCAACUCAACAACAUCACCAACAAAAUGCGCUCCAAAUUCAAAGACGAGCACCCGUUCGAGAAGCGCAAGGCGGAGGCCGAGCGUAUUCGACAGAAGUACAACGACCGCAUCCCAGUUAUCUGCGAGAAAGUGGAAAAGUCGGAUAUUGCGACAAUCGAUAAGAAGAAGUACCUUGUACCCGCCGACCUCACCGUAGGCCAGUUCGUCUAUGUCAUCCGCAAGCGGAUCAAGCUCUCUCCCGAAAAGGCCAUCUUCAUCUUCGUCGACGAGGUGCUUCCACCAACGGCUGCGCUGAUGAGCUCCAUCUAUGAGGAGCACAAGGAUGAAGACGGAUUCCUGUACAUCACAUACUCCGGCGAGAACACGUUCGGCGAGUCGAUGUAAACUGCAACUUCCUCAGUUCCGCCCUCUCCUAUUCUUUGAUCUCUCGAGGG